AUGUAUCGCAAGGCAUCCGGCGGCAUUGGCUUCUCCUUCAAUCGUUUCAUGACCAAUGCAGUCCCAAACUUCGCAAGCGACGACCCUGAGCGGGAUGCUGAUCUCACCCUGAAUGAGAAGGAUGCAUUCUGGACGCACCAAGUCUCAGGGGCACAGACCGCGCAAAGAUCACCCAUGACAUUGGACGCUGAGAGCGCACUAAAAGCAGGCAUUACUCCACACGCCAAAGUCUCGGCGCGCAUCCACAAGGAACUGGUCAAGAACGGCGUCAUCGACCCCAGCGCCCCGCUCGGCAUUGACACCACGAGAAUCACACCGAAGUUCGCUCACCAGCUGGCCUUCGUCAGCGUCGCGGUCCAGCGCAAAGUCGUCGGCAUGCUCUUUUCUGGGAGGAAGAAACUAUUCGAUGGAGACUGCUGGGGCAGGGACUGGGGGAGAUCGAGACGGCAAUGGGUGUCGACGGAAUCAGCGAAGAAGAGAAGAAGGAGCUGA